AUGAUUGCUUCUUUUAAUAAAUGGAAGAAGAUAGAUGAUUUACCUCCAUUUGUUGAUGAAAUUGUAUUUAUUGCCAAUCAAAAUGCACAACAUGUUAAUUAACUUGAAUAUAUUGAUUAAAGUUUGUUUAUAUUUGUUGAUCUCACACCAUUUGGAAUCAAGGAAUUAUAGGUAGAAAUCAUACAAAAAUCAUGUCUAAUUAAAUAGUUUGCCACAGAAAUAUGCCAAAAAUAUUUAUAAUCGAUAAGUAUCAAUGAUGUGUAAAUUACCAUUAAUAGCCUGUUAGUUGACUACGAUAAAAAAUUUAUACAUUAUGAUUUUAAAAGCAAUUAAGUCUUUAAAUUCCAAAAAUUUUGUUCCCCUGAUCUCUAUAAACAAUUUGUUUUAACCAUUAACAUAUUUGAUGGCAUCAAUUAAAGAUCAUGUAGUUUUGUAGCCCAAGGUUCAAUGGAGCUUUCUAAGGUGGAGGAAAUAAUAUAUUAGUAUAUAUAACUUAAUAAGGAUAUUUGUGCUUUAGAUAUAUAUUUUCAUGGGGUGCCGUUAAGAGACACAAAAAAAAACCUAUUUGAAUAUAACAUAAAAGCUAAUGACGAAUUGUUAAUAAGAUUACAUUAUAGAGGGGGUUGUUUUCCUGGAGAUGCUCCUAUUAAACUUUUUAAUGGUACAAUCAAAAGAAUAAAAGAAAUUGAAUGGGGUGAUAUUGUUAAAUGUUAUGAUUUUGAAUAAUAAUAAUUCAAAUAAUCCAUUGUAGUAAGUAAGCAUAUAUCAGAAGAAAAAUAAUAAUUAAUAGAGAUUAUUACUCAGAAUGGUAGAAUUGUUUGUACUCCAAACCAUCUAGUUUACACAUUAAACGGAUGGAAAGCAUAAAAACCACAUCGAAAUUCAAAUAUUGAAAAGUUAAGUGUUGAUGAUCUUCUAUUUGAUUCAAAUGGAGAUUAUGUUAAAAUAGUUUAAAUCAAUGAAAUGAAACAAAAAGAAAUUGUUUAUAAUAUUACAACUGAAUAUCCAAAUAACUUUGUUGCUUUCGAUAUUUUAGUACACAAUAUGACAAUAAUUAUGGUACAAUUAUUAUAAGAUAACAAAAUGUUUAAUCUAGAAGUGGAAGCACACACUUUGAUAUCGGAGUUAUUACAUGGAUUUGAAGAAUGGUUAGGAAUACCUGUUUCAAGAUUAUAGUUAUUUUAUAAAGGAAUAUAAAUGGAAGAUGAUUAUGAAUUGGAAGAUUAUUGUGUAAUAAAGGGUAGUAUAUUGGAUCUUAAAGUAAUAGAGUAAUCUGAAACAGACCAAUAAGAAGUUGAUUAAAAUACUAUGAAAACAAAUUUAAUAAAAAAGGCAGAUUAAAUCAUAAAUGAAAAAACUAUUUCAAUAUUAACAAAGUAACAGCAUACUCAAAUAACAAUUAGAAAGAAUGAUCAAAGAAAUAUAAGAUAAUUAUUAGAAAAAGUCGAAUCUAAAGAAGAAAUCGAAAGAUCGUUGAUAUUGUGCGAUGGUAAAGUUAUAAGUUCUUCAAAUUUAAAUUAUGAUAAAACUGAUCUAUAAAAAAUUGAAAGUAUUAUAUUGAUUGAUCAAUAAUCUGGCGGAAUUGCAAUAAAAUUUACUUUAGAGAUACAUGAUUAAUAGCUUUAAAAUAUGUCUGAUCUUUAAGAUUCUUUGUAAUGGUUGGGUAAUCCUGAUAUUAAUGAAUUUAUUUAAUAAAAUUUGGAAGAAAUAAAUGGAAAUUAGGAAUAAAAAUAAGAUUAUUAAUAAAUCCCUCUUCAUGGUAUAAUAGCAGUCAGAUUAUAUACAAGCAAUUUAAUUUAUCAAAAGUUGAAUAGUGAUCUAAGAAUAUCAGAUUACCAAAGAUGGAAGAAAUAUUUAAAAUGUUUAAUGGAAGGACUUCGACAUAUGAGAUAUUACAAUGGAGUUGCAUAUCGAGGAGUCAGGAAUUAUUAAAAUACUUUAGAUUAUCAAAAGGGGAAUAUUGUAUAAUGGUCUGAAGUUAGUAGUGUUUCAUAAAAAAAGUAAGUUGCGUAACAUUUUAGUAAUCAAAAAGGAAUGAUUUUCUAAGUUGAACUCAUAAGCGCCAAGGAUAUAGCCAAACUUUCAAUUUAUAAAGGAGAAUAAGACGUAAUUAUGUAUCCCUUUUCAUCAUUUGUUAUUGAAGAAGUUUAAUUAAAUCCCAAUUAACCUCUGCUUGUAACUAUGAGAGAACUACCUUUACCUAGAUCACAUUAAGUAUUAUUAUGGGUGGAUGACAAUCCUGAAAAUAAUUAUUCAUAUGCAGAAGAUUUAGAAAGAUAAAAUUAAAAGAUUUCUGUCAUAUUCUGUACUUCGACUAAAGAUGCGAUUCUUAUUAUUUAAAAAUAUAAAUGGAUGAUAUACCUAUAAUCAUCUUAGUUUAGAGUAGUUAGUGAUAUGGUAAGAAUAGAAGAAGGUAAGAUGAAUUAUAAUGCUGGUAUAGAUUUAAUACAUUAUUUAUAUUAAUAAAUGAAAUAUAAGAAUCGUACUCUGAUUUUUUGUGGAGAUUAAAAAAGAGCUUUGAAAGAAUGUUAAGAUAGAAAAAUUAAUGAAAAUAAACAUUUUGAAAUUACAAACAAUCAAUAAGUUUUGAGGAAUUUCCUUAAAUUUGAAUGA